AUGGAUGGAAAGGGCAGACACAUUCCUUCCUUUGGCAUGUUCCUUCCGUCUCCUGCAGCAAUGGUGUGGUGUGAAAGAGGCAUCCAAGUGCUUCUCACCACAGUCGGUGCCUUUGCUGCCUUUGCCCUAAUGACAGUUGCCAUCGGAACAGACUACUGGCUGUAUGCACGCGCCUUUAUUUGCAACAGCACUGCCAACUCUACUCAGGACGACCCCCACAACAAGGACAAGAAAGACCCUGGAGCCCUCACCCACUCUGGACUCUGGAGGAUCUGCUGCCUGGAAGGAUUAAAAAGAGGGGUGUGUUCCCAGAUUAACCAUUUCCCUGAAGAUGCUGAUUACGAUCAGGAUGCAGCUGAAUACCUCUUACGUGUAGUCAGGGCCUCCAGUAUAUUUCCUAUCCUAAGUGCCAUCUUGUUGCUGUUGGGAGGGGUUUGUGUGGCAUCCAGUCGGUUUUACAAGAGCAAAAGACACAUCAUCCUGGGAGCAGGCAUUCUGUUCGUGGUGGCAGGCCUGAGCAACAUAAUCGGUGUGAUUGUGUACAUCUCUGCGGCACUGAGCGACAUCUCACCGAAGAAGGACGAAGACAAGAAGUGGCACUACUCAUACGGCUGGUCGUUCUACUUCGGCGGGCUGUCAUUCAUCCUGGCCGAGGUGGUGGGCGUGCUGGCUGUGAACAUCUACAUCGAGCGCAACAAAGAGCUGCGCUGUCGCUCCCGAGCCGACCUCUUCCGCAGCACCACAUCUGCAGUGCUGCGGCUACCAUCCUACCGCUUUCGCCGGGGCCGUCGCUCCUCACGCUCCAGCUCGCGCUCGACAGCUGAGCCACCACGUUCACGUGACCCCUCACCACCUGGCAUGGCUGCCAAGAACUUUGGUCCACCGCUGGCCGCUGGCCCACCACCUUUCUCUGUUGCCACAUUACCCAACCCCCAUACACAUUCAGGUGGGGGAGGAGUCGGGGACAUCUCAAUGUACACUCUGGGCAGGGAAGGCAAGCCACCUAUGUAUGGAACAGUGGACCGUGCGUCACUCUACCAACUACAUAACUACUUCCCUACCAAGGAGGGAGGAGCAGGGACGGUCAUGACUGGAACUUUGCCAUCGCUCUCUAAAUCAAACCUGGCUUCAUCAGCCAACGCAUCUUCUUCAUCCGGCCCAGGGGGGCAGCCACCCACUCUUUCAGCUGGAAAUACAGCAACCAUGGAGAGAGAGAGGGGACUGGGUACUCUGGAUCGACUGGGGAAAGGUGAUAGCUCCAACACUAAUACGCUCAACAGGAGAACGACCCCUGUGUGA